CAACACACCUGCGUAACAACCGGCAAUAGAUUAGGUGAGUCAUUUCGGUAAGUCUCUACCGCGAAUCUUUCCGCGAAUCUUACCAAGGAUCUUUCCUUAAGACGGGAACACAAUCAUGAAGACUCUAAGGAGAUAGCACAGCGCUACGGACAGGAAUCAUAAGGACCGAGGGGAAUUUCGUUUUAGAGUGGAUGCCGUAGACUCCUAACCAGUGCUUUCCGUGACAUUUUGGCUAUUUCAAAAAUCACACACACACCGGAUCAAAACAACAACAUGAUAGCGAGGUGGAUCGAUGACAAGUUACGGCGCAUGUUCUACCAUGUCGGCCGGGCGGUCGCCUUCCUCCCGGCUCCCUUCAUCCUCCUCCCGCUCAUCGCUUCGGGCCUCCUCGGCUACUUCGGGAUCAGCAAGCUGGCCAUCAGCGACGACUUAGAAUAUCUCUUCACCCCGGAGAACAACCAAGCCAGGCUAGACAGGGACGCUAUGGAGGCAGUAGAUUUCUUCCCCACCGACAACGUUGCCUGGGGAUCGACGGCACGGGUCAUCAUCCAAGCCGCCGACGGAAAAGACGUCCUCUUCCGAGACGACGUCUUCGCAGAAGUCUUAAGAUUCCACAACGUCUUGCGGACUACAAACACAACGUCUGGAGUAUCAUUCGACGACCUGUGUAUUCGCGUCACCGACGGUUCGUGUGUUGUUAGUAACGCUCUACAGUUGAUGAUAGACACUGGGUCCGGAACGAACCUCACAGACAUCAACCUCACCUUCCCGUAUUACAACCCUAACGGCUUAAACUAUACCCUAGGACUCUACCUCGGAAACGAACUCGGAGGAGUGGAGUUCGGACCUGACAGAAGAACAGUCCUGUCCAGUACAGCCCUUCAGUUUGUCUAUAUUAUAUCAGGACAGUGGAGCACUUGGACAGACACGUUUCUCCAAGUCUGUUCAGAGUUCGAUUCCGAUAAGAUAACCGUGAAUUACAACACGUAUAGGUCUCUGAACGACGAACUGCUAGCCCUGCCGACUAGGGUGAUUCCCUACUUGGUGGCAGCGGUGGGAUUGUUGGUGCUGUUUUCCGUAGCGUCGUGUAUGAUGCUGGACUGGGUUCUCACCAAGCCGUGGUUGGCCUUCAUGGGCGUGCUGUCGGCUCUUCUUGCUAUUGUUUCAUCCUUUGGACUGGUUCUUCUGACGGGAGAACAAUUCUCAACGCUAGUCGCCGUGGUCCCUUUUUUACUGAUAGGAGUGGGAGUGGACGACAUGUUCGUCAUGAUCGCCGCCUGGCGGAAGUGUGACGUACGACUUCCGGUGCAGGAGCGCAUGGGACGUGCCAUGUCAGACGCCGCUGCCUCCAUCACCAUCACGUCCAUCACCGACUGUGUGGCGUUCGCCGUCGGCGUCAUCAGCGUCUUCCCGUCCGUACGGAUCUUCUGUACCUACGCCGCCAUCGGAGUCGCCUUUGAUUACUUGUAUCAGAUCACCUUCUUCGCCGCCAUUAUGUCGCUGGCUGGUCGGCGGGAGAGAGCCAACCGCCACUGCUUCACCUGCUGCCCCGUCCUCCCGAAAUCACAGGCACGCAACAAGAACGCCGCCUACCGACUCUGCUGCGCAGGGGGCGUGUCCAGAGAAGACAACCCAAGCAACAACCAAGUUGUCAACAAGGACCCUUUCCUGACCACAAUAUUGUAUAAGUACCUAGCACCUACGAUAGUCAAAACACCAUCAAAGGUUAUCCUAUUCAUACUAUACGCUGGUUAUUUGGGAGUGGCUAUCUGGGGUUGUUUUCAAGUAAACGUUGGACUUAGAUUUCAAAGCCUCGCCGCUGACGACUCCUACGUCGUAGCCUUCCACAAUCCAGAGGAGGCUUAUUUCAAAGAUUACGGUCCCAAAAUAGAUAUAGUUAUAACCGAACCCGUGGAAUAUUGGACAACAGACGUGCAACAGGCUGUUUUGGAUAAACUAAAAGCCUUCGACGAGAGCCAGUAUUUCUACGACACAUCAGAAACCGCAGAGGUCUGGUUACGAGACUAUCUUCGCUUUCUGAAUCAGACUGGCAACUCACAUGCUGCAACUAACAAAACGGCCUUCAUGCAAAUUCUAGUGAACCAAUUCUUACCACAGUUUGGACGUCAGCAUCAAGUCACUUCUUUAAAGUUUGCAGACUUCUAUGAAAAUAUCACGGCAUCCCGGUUCUUUGUAAUACCGAAUAACGUGAAAACCAAAGAAAGGGAGAAGGAUAUGAUGAUAGAAGCGAGGAGUAUCGCAAGAAAAGGGCCAGUCAAAAUGGUCGCUUUCGCCACCGAGUUCAUAUUCGCAGAGCAGGUGGUCUCAAUCCUUCCUAGCACGCUCCAAACAGUUGGUAUAGCUGCAGCCGCCAUGUUUGUGGUGUCGUUCCUUUUCAUUCCGCACUGUGUCGCUACUGUUUUCGUGACCUUUGCCCUCGUUUCCAUCGACGUGGGGCUUGUGGGAUACAUGGCGCUGUGGGGGGUCCAACUUGACAUUGUCUCCAUGACGUCUAUCAUAAUCUGCAUAGGGUUUUCCGUGGACUUCUCAGCCCACAUCACUUAUGCUUACGUCAGUUCACAAGCUACGACGCCCACAGAAAAGCUCUCUGACGCGUUUCGUGCCGUCGGCAUGCCUAUCCUCCAAGCUUCUCUCUCCACCAUCCUCGGUAUGGUGGUCCUUGCCUUUUUCCCUGCCUACCUUUUCAAAGCUUUCUUUAAAACCAUUUUUCUGGUCAUGGCUUUUGGUGCCGCUCACGGACUGGUCAUCUUACCUACACUCUUGACCAUUCUACCCGACUGCGGCUCUAAACCGAGCGAGACUAAAGUCGCAGACGAGAAAAAUAUGACAAACAUAUUUUCAAACGGCCACCUCUCAAGUAACCUAUCCACACAUUCACUCAGCCCAUCUAAGAUGCAGAAUAAACCACAGCCUGUGAACGGUGCUAAACGCUCGUCCUCUCUUCCGACUGAUCUUAACCGGAAGCUGGGUACGGAUAAUCCGUAUUUUACUCCGGAAAUGCGCACGUGGCUCAAAUCGUUAAAAGAAAAGAAGACUGGGAUAGAUAACCCGGCCAUGGAUGGCCCCUCGAUUGAAGUGACGGAACUUUAGUGUCACUCAUUUCAGUGCAAUCAAACACUUUUUAAAAAUGUACAAAAGUUUUAUCUUUGUUGACAUUCAACCACUUGGCUCGCCCCUGUGGCGUCACCAAAAAGUGAUAUUAUGGACGGUGUCGUUCUUUUGUUCUUACAUGUUGACAAUUUGUGAAAGGACUUUUCCCUUUUUGACAAUUUGACAAAUGUGCAUUUUUGGAUGUUGCUAUUUACGUUUGAGAUAUGGAGAUUACAGUGCUCUUUUCUGUGUUAACACGACAGAUUAUUAUACAUUGUUGAUUGUCUAUUUCAUUGUUGAAUAUUUGCCAUAUUUUAUCAAUCUUUCUUGGAAUUUGCUUUGUACAUUUUUCAUUAAUUGUAUAUAUUCUAUUGUGUAAUUUAUUUAAAGGCAUAUGUAAACAAGAGAUUUUAGAUAGAUAUAUUCGGGAUUUUAGAUAAUAGAUAUUUAUAUACGGACGGAAUAAUUGUAUAAGUGAGUGUAUGUCACAUGUCUACUAUAUUGAUUACUGUUCGAAAUUGUCUAUUAAUUGUCUUUAUCAAGACGUUGUCAUUAAAGUCAUUAUGCAGAGGUGUCAAAUACUUAGUAGUAGCAUUUGGAUGCAUUUUCACGUGACUGUCAACCAAUCGAAUUGGCACAGUCAACAACCCAACUCACGGUUUAGAUCAGCCCAUUUGUAACAUGAUUUUUAAAAUCUCGUAUCUUCAUAAAAUAUAUUUGGAGCUUUUAAAGA